GCCAGACCGCCGCCGUGCCGCCAUUAUGGACACCAGCCGCGUGCAACCUAUCAAACUUGCCAGAGUCACCAAGGUGCUGGGUAGGACUGGCUCGCAGGGACAGUGCACGCAGGUGCGUGUGGAGUUCAUGGACGACACGAGCCGCUCCAUCAUCCGCAACGUGAAAGGCCCGGUGCGCGAGGGCGACGUGCUCACCCUUUUGGAGUCAGAGCGAGAGGCCCGGAGGCUUCGCUGA